AUGACCGACGCCGACCCGACGAGCAGCUUCGCGUCCUCACCACCCGUUCCUCGAGUAAAGAGCCCGCCGCUCGCUUUUGAACGGACUCCCAACGACGUCCUCCUCGCGCCGACAGACACCGGGAAUUCUACCGGGGGCAGUCUAGGAUCUCCCUCGAACAUAGGGCGCGCAAGUCCGCUCACUCCGGGGAGCAUGCACGAGCAACACCUUCAGAUACUGGUCGACCAGCAGGCGAACGCGAUACAAUUGCUGCACGAGGCAUUUGGCGCAGAGAGGCAGGCAUGGAGUCUGGAAAAGGAGAGGUUAUACCAGCGCAUUGCCAGUCUUGAACAACUGCUGAAGACUGGUGAUCAUUGGAGCCCGGCUAAAUCGCCCAUCAUGUCUCCCUCUGGUGUUGGCGAGAUUGUGUCACCUACCGCACGCGCUGUCGCCGCAAACCCGUCACUUCCGACUAUCGUGGAACAUGAGAACGUGCAGCCUCUGUCAUCGCGACGAGAAAAUGCGCCGCCAUCGAUUGACCUGCCGAGCAUAUCCGGGCUUCCCGAUGAAGAGUCACGUAGGCAAAGCGUUGUGACAUUCACGAAUGAAGAUGGGCUGCAAGUUCAGGAGAUACCCCCGCGGAACAGCGUCCUGUCACCACCUCCCCCGUUGAAUCGCAUGCAUGCUGGCCAUACACCGAUUCGUGCUCCACGGCCACCCACUCCUCCACCUCAGAACAUGUCUAUGGACGGUAUUGAGGAUACGCCUACCAGGAACAACACUCACAUCAACACCUUGCUCAGCCAGAGCAACGACGAGGACGAAGACGUUGAAUUGAAGGGGCCUCUAAACAUGCCUGAGCUCCCCAACAAUCCAGACGAGACAAACUUCACCCUGGACAUGCUUUCCAAGAAGCUGGAGAAGAUUCAAAGCAAUCCAGAAGAAGGCAAGCCAAUGGUGUUCGCUCAACCAUCCCCUGGCUUGGCAUCACCGGCAAGUGAGCUCGACAGCAAGGACAUCAGUCCAAACUCAAAAGCGAAAAGAGAUGAGGAGGCCCCAUAUGCGCCCAUCGGGACUCACCAACCUCACUCACAACUGAGCUCGAAUGCGCUCAGUCCGACGACAUCCAAUGUACUGCCGAUCUCGCCGCAAGAAGCUCACGAAGCACAAGUACAGGCCGAGUUCGAACAGGGAGGGAUCAGGUUGAAGAAAAAGACGAGUGUCAACUUCGGCGCGCCUUUUGGAUCCUUGGGCUUUGCUCCAAGGCGAUCGUCACAAGACAAGUCGUAG